GGUAUUUUGGUGUAUGAUGGUCUGAAUGUUGUUUGUGAUUUUGAUGGACUAAUAUUACCAUCAUCUGAUGAAUGUAUCCUCAGAAUAUCAAAAAUUAUGGAAAACAUAUUAAAAUUUAAU